AUGGUUGAUCAAAUAAACGAUGUCUGGGUUUCAGAUGAAGAAACAUCGAAAUAUGAUAGAUUAAUCUCGUCAAAAGACUGGGAACGUAUGAAUGAAGAUUUUGGGAAUAUAGGGUACAAAGAAGGAAUUAUAGAAGGUAAAGAUAUUACCAUUCAAGAAGGGUUCAAUAAAGGGUACGCUGAAGGAGCUAAUGUUGGAAAAGAGAUUGGUAGGUUAAGAGGUUUAUUGAAUACAUUACUAGAAUACUAUACACCUCUACUCAAUAAUACUAAUGUUGAUGAAAGUAACAUUAUACUUCCAACUCAAUCCACUCUUGAUAAAUUAAAAUCUUUAGAAAGUGAUCUUGCAAAUUUACCAGUUGAAAAAUUUUUCACAAAAAAUUAUUUUAAAGCAACUUUAUCAACUGAUUCGACAUGUAGUUGCUGUGAAAAGUCGGAUAGUAAAAUGAAAGAUUGUUGUAAAAAUAAUAAUAACAUGAAUGAUAUUCAAAUAUCAAAUGUUGGUAAUGAAUCAGAAAGUUGCUCGUUGUCUCAACAAUCUUUAUCACAAAUGAAUUCGCCUGAACAAAUUUUGGAAGAAUAUCGUGAAAAAGUCAAAGCUUUAUUAACUGAAUUAGAAUUCAACAUAGAUUGA